AUGGCCGAGAGCAAUAGUCCCCAGCUUUGCGCAGAAGCUGCGGCCUGCCCCGAAGAAUCAGAUGGGAUAUCAAAGACCCUCAAAUAUCAUCUACUUGGCCCAUCAUUGACCAAAGCUGGCCAAGAGAAGGUAGACCAAAGUAAAGUAUCAGAAAUUAUUUACAAUGCCUCCAGAGGCUCAAAAUUCUUUAACCGGGAGGAGGUUAGAGACAAAAUUUUAACAAAGAAGAUCGAACAAAUUCUCGCAAGAAAACGUCAGCUUGAACAGGCGGACCUCACCCAGGAACUCCGAAGUGCGGAUCGCGUUAUUCACCAGUUCGAGCUGUCGAGAGACCUUACCCAACACAUUGUUCACAUUGACUGCGAUGCCUUCUAUGCAGCCGUAGAACAAUUAGAACGUCCUGAGCUCAAAGAAGUACCGUUUGCUGUUGGCGGAGGUGUGUUAACGACCUGCAACUAUGUUGCAAGACAAUUCGGGUGUCGAUCCGGCAUGGCUGGCUUUGUGGCGAAAAAACUGUGCCCUUCUUUGAUUCUGAUUAAGCCAAACUUCCAGAAAUACACUGCUAAAGCCCAGGAGAUUCGAGAGAUUCUUGCAGAUUACGACCCGCGGUUUGAAAGUGCAAGUAUAGAUGAAGCCUACCUCAACAUAACCGAGUACUGCCACGACAAACAUGCGACUCCGGCUGAGGUCAUUGAGCAGAUGAGACGAGAAAUCUACCAAAAGACAGACAUAACAGUGUCAGCCGGCAUUGCCGCAAACACAAAGCUUGCGAAGAUCUGCUCAAACAUCAACAAACCGAAUGGCCAGUACGUGCUACCGUCCGAUCGUACAUCCAUCAUGACAUUCAUGAGAGACUUGCCAACCAGGAAAGUAAAUGGUAUUGGUCGCGUCCUUGAACGUGAGCUUUUGGAACUCGGUGUGAGAACCUGUGGUGAUAUAUACGAACAUAGGAAAUAUCUCAACUUGUUGUUUGGGGACAAAACUUUCGAGUUUCUGAUCAGCUGCUACCUUGGACUUGGUCGUACUAGGAUACAACCUGCCGAGGAAUACGAGCGAAAAAGCAUUGGAACGGAGAGCACGUUUCGAGAAUUGUCGGAUCCUGGGAAUUUAAGGGAGAAGUUGCGAUGGACAGCCGAAGAACUUGAGAAAGACAUGGAAAGGGUUCAUUGUAAAGGCCGAACUCUCUGUUUGAAGAUAAAGCUACAUACGUUCGAAGUCCUUACCCGACAGGCUGUAAUGCCGCGGGCCAUAUGCUCCGCCGAUGAGCUGUACAACUUUUCUUUACCGAUUCUCACAAAGCUCGAACAAGAGAUGCCAGAGAGCCAAAUCAAGUACGACAAGACCGAGGUAUUGGAAAGCCUACCCGCUGAAGAUUACAUCCCAAACGUGGCGUUUGGUCAAUUGUGCGACAAUCAAAACUUUGGGGGCUCCAAACUUGGCAGACAUGACGAUACGAGACACAGUUCAGUGUCAGAUACCAAGGAAGGCAGUGGCUGUUCAGUCUGA